AUGGCGGCCAGUGGUGGAGGAGGGAGGAGCGAGAGUGAGAAAGAGAAGACGAAGAUGAGAGAGAGGCACAGAAGAGCUAUCACCGGUAAGAUCUUCCAUGGUUUACGAAAGCACGGCGGUUACCGACUCUCUCCACGCGCUGAUAUCAACGAGGUCCUCCGUCAGCUCGCCAGGGAGGCCGGUUGGAUCGUUGAGCCCGACGGCACUACUUACCGCGCCGCUAAUGUCGGGAUCAAUGGCUGUCCGAUAUGUGGAGCGGCGAGAACAAGCGGAACGACGACGCCGACCAGUAGCGUCGUCACCGUCGGCGGCGCCGGAGGAGAAUGUUCGGCGACUGCUUCUCCGAGCGGCGGUUUCCACGUCGGAGAUUCUUCCGGAACUGGAACUCCGGGAGCGCUUUGUAAUUUCUCCUCCGGCGCUGGCGGCGGCGGAGCUUCUUCGUCGCUCGGCCUCGAUUCAAUUCAGUACUCCGUCGACAUAGGCGGCGAUAAUAAUAUUCCAAUGGCUCUUUACGGCAUGUACGGUAGAUUCACCGGCGGGGUUGAACUCCCCUCGGCUGUGGCUACCGGUGUCUUCCAUGGCGGAGAUACGGCGGCGUUUCAGCAGCAACAUCAACACAGCCACUCGCAUCCAUUGCUGGAGUGUCGAGCUUCAAACCAGAACACUCCCGUGGGUUCACCUCUACGUCGACCUUAG